GUGGUGAUGGCGUUGUUUUACCUGCUCAUCUUGGGCACGGGCAUCUGGGCAUCCUUGCGUUCCAAAAAGGAGGAGAAAAAAUGCACAGGAGACGGCAUGGAGAUAACUCUACUGGCUGGACGCAAUAUCAACUUACUAGUUGGUAUCUUCACACUUACUGCUACAUGGGUUGGUGGAGGCUUCAUCCUGGGUAUAGCUGAAGCAACAUACAACCCAACACUAGGUGCAGUUUGGGCACUCAUGCCUGUGCCCUAUGUCGUGACCUUCUUCUUAGGUGGCUUUUUCUUUGCCAAACCAAUGAGAGAGAACAAGUACGUGACAAUGAUGGAUCCUUUCCAAAAGAAGUAUGGAAAUGUCCUUGCAAGUGCACUGAUCUUUCCUGCACUGGUUGCAGACGUGCUGUGGGUGGCACGCACACUUGUCAGCCUGGGCGGAACCAUGAGCGUGAUCCUGGACCUGCCCUAUGUCUACUCCAUCAUCAUCUCCUCAGUGGUGGCCAUAGUCUACACACUGCUGGGGGGCCUCUACUCUGUGGCUUACACAGACGUCAUCCAGCUGAUCCUCAUCUUCAUCAGCCUGUGGGUGUGCGUCCCUUUCAUGAUGACCAACCCUCACUCUGUGGACAUCUCGCUGACGGCAUACAACGCAACUUUCCAGGCUCCUUGGGUCGGCACCGUGGAGCUCGAUGAGGCGGGCAAGUGGUUCGAUGACUUCAUGCUGCUGUUGUCAUUUCCUCUGCUCCGUCAGGCUUCAGACUGUGAGAUGCAGUGGGUCAUCCGUAUCUCCGUGGUGGUCGUGGGUCUGGCUGGCACCGGCCUCACCUUCCUGGACAGUAGCGUCCUGGUGUUCUGGAUUGUCGGCGUGGACAUGUCCUACACCAUAAUGUUCCCUCAGCUGGUCUGCAUCCUCUUCUUCAAGGUCUCCAACGGUUACGGCGCCAUCGUGGGCUACAUAAUGGGGCUCCUCAUGAGGAUCCUGAGCGGCGAGCCCCUCAUUGGCCUCCCACCAGCCAUCCAGUUCCCCGGCUGCCGGCUUGACAAGGAGGGAAAGCUAACCCAGUACUUUCCCUUCCGUACCGCCAUCAUGCUCAUCUCUCUAAUGUCUAUUCUCCUUGUUUCGUUGUUGGCGUCCAUCAUUUUCAACAAGGGCCUGCUGCCGGAGAAGUGGGAUGUGUUUAAUGUCAAACGCAGGCAGAGAGCAACAGCCAAGGUCACACGCAUUAAGAGGACCAACUCAGAAAAGGAAGAGGCUGCCGUGGCCAAGCAGCUGCUGGACACCACCAGCUGCUGAGAAGUCUCACAACGAGGGGGAGAAAGGGUGGGCGCCGGCUGGAGGCAUGUUUGUCUGCUGGCUGGGCACGAUUUCACAGAGGGGGAACAGCAGCAAAGGCUGGAUGCUUUAUACAGUUUGUACAGCACUGCUGACACAACAGCAGCAGAUAUGAGCUGAGCUCUCUGGUACCCGACCUAUGAGCUGCUGUCUUCUAAAGAAAAUACAGUAAAAAAAAAAUAGGCUCCCUGGCUAAAAGCCAUAAGCCUGUGUCUUAUAAAUAGCCACAAUAAUAACAUUCACACAGACCCAGAAUAAAAUGUUGCAGUUUGUGCUGCAUUCCAUUUAAAUCAUUAGUCAUUACUUAAAAUGGAAACAAAUUACAUACAGUUCAUUAAAACCAUUUAAUUUUUUCUUUUUUUGCUACAAGCUUACAGUAGUUCCCUUUCACAAGCACACUUUGACAGGUGGAGCUGCUGCCCGGACCUAAAUUUUCCUUUCCUAACGACCACCAGCACUGUGGUAAAAAGACACUUGCACAAAAAAGAGACUUUGCACAAAAGGAAUAAUCAGUCCUCCAGAAUGUUGACGAUUAUAACAACACACAAAUAGUAUGUUGUUAUUUAUUAACUUUUCACAUAAUCAUAUGAUCUGCAUCGCAGCGCUGUGCAGCGGGUGCUGCUACCUUUCCUCUGAUUGUCAGCAGGACGCGGCUCUUUGUGUCACCCUGAGAACAAAGAACGAGUGAACGUUUUGCACGGCUUCAUAUGAGAAAGAUGUUUAGACCGUUCAUUUCAUCAUCAUCUCCUUCCUUUAUUCACUAAGGCUGCCUCAAGUCCAAUAAUGCAGCAACAGCAACUCUCCUCAUCUUGCUAGUUAGGUUCAUUUGAAGUCAGCUGAUAAGCUCGGCUGCAGUGCAAUGCUGGAGGUGCUGAUGUGUGAGAAAUAACAAAACUCAUAAAAUGGCAACAGAAACACUGAUGGAAGUGACACCGACACUAUCUCGUGCUUUUUAAACGUCCCGUUUUUUCCUCCCCCCUCCUUGUCUGCUGAAUGAUGAGUUUUGCUGUAAAGAAAAACAGGGGGAGAUGAAACUGUACACCCGCUUCGCUCAAAUGCAUUUCACAAAAUAACUGAGUGUAGCAGUUUAUUUCCUUGUUUCCUCGUUUUCCUCCGCGCUCAUUCCUCUUUCUCACGUUUUUAUUUCUUCUCCAAGAGUACGGGAGAAGUGCCUUUCCCUUUUUUUGUUUUUAACGUACUGUCGUUUUUUUGUAACUGUAUGCAAAGCUGUAGUUUACUGUGGGAUCAUUUUUUCUCUGAGGCGGUGCAAAUGUUUGCAGCUAAGAUUCAGAGAAUUGAAAGUUUUACAGUAGUACAAAUUCUACUCCCUUUUAUUAAUGAUUUGAUUUUUACGACUGUGUAAUGUUUUUUGUUGGUUCUUUUCUUUUUCCUUAUGUGUGUUUUAUUGCACUAGAUGCCUGGUAGUAGCAGGAAGUCUUCCUCUGCCAUGCUGUUGCCUUUGAUGUCACUGGAAACCUGUUUUACUAAAUUGUUGAUUGUGUAAUUCACAGACUAAAACUUUCAUAUGCGCUAGUCACUGCUCUUAUACCUCAUAGUGGUAUUGUUGUUUUUCAAGUAUACAAAACGUUACGUUUUUUGGCUUCUAUCCAACAGUGUGAAUGUGAACGAGCUGUCAAAAAGAAGAAAAAAAGCAAAGACAGAUGAGGACAUGCAGGUGCAUGCAUGUGUCUUUUUAUACGUGCGAUUGUGAUUCCUACUUGUAUUAUUACUCUUGUGCUGUAAAUUCUGAUCAUAAUUUGUAUUUCUACACUUUCUAUUUUUUAUCAGUUGUUCGCUUAUGUGCAGAGUAGAAAACUUUAUCUCAAGUUAGCAAAAUAAUAUAUAAAUUCACCUUUGAUUUCGCAGAACAUGAAUAUAAAUAUAGAAUUUCAACAGGUGUUGAUGAACCUUCGAGAGCACAACACGUGUGGAGAAACUGUACGUGCCUACGUGAGCACUCCUGUCCCGACAGCCUCAGAUUACGUCCACAUGACGUGAUCUGAAAGCAAACUCAGCAGCCGUCCUCGGGAGGCU